GUCAACGCGAUAGCAAGGAGCAGCAGCAGCGCACCGGCAGCCGCGAGGCCCGCGACCCGCUCCCACUCCCGACGCCCGCUAGCUAGCGCGACGCGACGCGACGCGAGCACCCACCGGCCACCGACCAAGGAGCGACCGAGCGGCGAGCGAGGCGACCGGGAUGGCGGCGGCGGCGGCGGAGGGGGAGGUGAGGCGGGACAUGUGGGGGCAGGAGUACCGGACGUCCUCCGCCGAGUGCGCGGCGGCGCUCGACGCCUACUACGCGGCCUUCCUGUCCUUCGGCCGCGGCCGCGUGGCGGCCGUCCUCCGCGCCGCUGCGGCCGACCCGUCCUGCGCCCUCGCCGCCGCGCACGCCGCGCAGGCAGUCGCGCCCAGGGACCCCGCGCGGGCCGCCGCCUUCCUCGCCGCCGCCGCGGACAACCUCGGGAAUGCGACGAAGUACGAGAGGGCCGUGUUCGGGACGCUCUCCGCGAUGGUGGGCGAGGGGGGGAACGAGGAGGUGGCACUGGAGAGACACUUCGAGUUGCUCAAGAAAUUUCCCAGGGAUCUCCUGUCUCUCAAGAGAGCGCAGCUCAUCUGCUUCUAUUCGGGAAAGCCGGAUUUAUCCCUAAAAUUUGUCGAACAAGUUUUGCCCGAGAAUCAAGAUCAGAACUACAUAUAUGGAAUGCUCGCCUUCCCUUUGCUAGAGCUUGGAAAGAUGGCUGAAGCUGAGAGAGCUGCUCGAAAAGGCUUGGCUAUUAACAAAAAUGACGUCUGGUCGCAGCAUAAUCUCUGCCACGUUUUUCAGCAGGAAUGUCGCUUCAGAGAAGCUACUGAGUUCAUGGAAUCAUGUUCUCCAUCAUGGAUGGCGUGCACAUCAUUUUUGUACGUAGUUUUCAACACAAUGUGUGUUCUAUUGAUGUUAUUCAAAAAGUCGUGCUCAUGGUUCUCAGAAAAAAAUAUUUUCUUCUCUUACAGGCUUACUCACAACUGGUGGCAUGUCGCUGUUUGUUACUUGGAAGCUGAAUCCCCUUUACAGAAAGUUCUGGAUGUAUAUGAUAAAAAUAUCAUGAAGGAACUUGAGAAAAGUGAUUGUGAGGCAGCAGAGGUGUAUUUGAAUGCUCUAGGGUUGCUGCUACGGUUGUUUGUCCGUGGUCAUGUAGAUCUUGCGAAAGAGAGGUUAACAACAUUGCUGGAUGCACUCAAGGAUGAGUCUGUAUGGCAUGUGGAAUGGCUCCUUGAUUUGCUUACGUUAUGGGCGCUAUCAAGUAUGGGCGAGUUAAAUAGUGCACGCAAUAUGUUGGAAUCAUUGAAGUCAAGGGUCAGUUCAAUGGAAGAAAAUAGGCAGCAAGUGAUGCAGAAAGCUGUCCAGCUAGCAGAGGCUGUUUAUGAAUUUGGAAAUGGAGAGCACAAGAAGGUCUUUGACACCCUGGGUCCAGACUUCGAUGCGCUUUGUUAUAAAAUGAUUGGUGCAUCAGAUGAACAAGUGGAUGUCUUCAAUGAAGUUUGGUUCAUUGUUCUAAUAAAUGCUGGAGAGACUUCAAAAGCAAUUGAUGUGCUUGGCAAACAAAUAAGGAAACGAGAGGGGGCACCCUUCCUGUGGCGUUUGCUGGGGAAAGCAUACUCAUUGGAUGGAAGAGAUGCAGAUGCUUCGGUGGCAUACGAAAAGGCCAAUGCUCUGCAAGCUGCCUACUCGUAUUAGCACGAGAUAUGUUGUUGAAUAGCCAACUUGUGCAAGGUCAUGUGAUUAUUGUUACAGUAGUGUGCCAGUGUGCAUCAUAAGAGGUAUAGUCAAAAUCGGCAGUUUCUGUAUGCGUCAGCAUGCAGAUUGCAACAAUACGUGCAUACCUGGGAGGCUUUAUGUUCGAUAAAGUUAUAGAUAUGGAUUUGUGCAUUCCUCUGCAUAUGUCGAAUUUUCACAGGACUUUACAAGGGGUUCUGAUCGUGCCUUGGA